CUCGUCAGUUACUUUGUGGACAGGACAUUCGCGUCCUGGCUCUCAUAUCUUGCUUAAUGAGCUUCCUUGCAAAGAAUUUGCUCUUAAACCCAGGCUCGACGCCCCCUGUUAUUUUCAGUCUUCUUUCUUUCAUGUCGAAGUUGAGCAACCGACAGCUUAUUACGGUACACAGUCUCGCCAUCAACCUCACGACAGUUCGGUAAGUCAUCUUGUCAUAUUUUUUCACGAUCAAAACUCGUUGUUUUCUUGACCCAUGACAGCCGUGCAGGAAGAAUAUUGGCAACAGAGUGCACAUCCUAUUUUGUGCCGAAAUGGUUCCGUAAAACUCAGACCCUGAGCAUAUCUGUAAAUUUUCUAUUACGAUGAGACUUGCGACCACGGUAGAAACCGAAAGGAUAUGGGCAAACUUGAGGUAUAAAGAGCCUUGCGCCCAUGCACCCUUCCCCCAUUAUCGACACCCUCUUUCUUCCCAAAAUGACCAUCAGACCUCGACAAUAUCUCCUCCCCGAUCUGCUUGCUAUAUGUCCCCUCCAAGGCGCCAUAAACCCUCAUUAUCUUGAAGCAGCUGGCGAAUCCUCUGCUUGGAUCAACGGCUACGAUGUAUUCACCGACCGAAAACGCGCCUACUUUAUCCAAGGAUGCAAUGAACUUCUCGUCGCACACACCUACCCAUACGCCCCCUACGAGGAGUUCAGAACAUGUUGCGACUUUGUCAAUCUCCUCUUUGUUGUUGACGAAGUUAGUGAUGAGCAAAAUGGAGAAGACGCAGCGGUCACCGGGAACAUCUUCCUCGAAGCUAUGCGCAAUCCUGGCUACCGCAAUUCGUGCAAGCUUGCUCAGAUAACUAAAGACUUCAGGGAGAGAUACUUUAGAGGGGCUGGACCUGUAUCCUCUGCUCGGUUUUUGAGGCACUGCGCGGACUACAUCCGGGCGGUCUCUACCGAAGCGGAGCUUCGCGAACGCGGUGAAGUUCUUGACGUCGACGCCUUCAUCGAACUCCGUCGCGACAACAGUGCGGUCAUCCUCUGCUUCGAUCUUUUCGAAUAUGCACUCGGUAUCAAUCUUCCAGAGGAAGUGUUUGAGCAUCCGACCUUCCGGGAAAUGUACUGGGCUGCCACUGACAUGGUGUGCUGGGCCAAUGAUGUUUACUCCUGGAACAUGGAGCAGGCCAAGGGUAUCGGCGGCAACAAUAUCAUUACGGUCCUCAUGAAACACAGAAACAUGAGUCUACAGUCGGCUUGCGAUUACGUGGGGUUAUACUGCGAGAAACUCAUGCAACGCUACCUCUCCGCUAAGGAUAGAUUACCUUCUUGGGGAUCGUCGAAACUGGAUCAGGACGUAGCUCGCUAUGUGGAGGCGUGUGGUCACUGGAUGAAGGGAAAUUUGGACUGGAGCUUUGAGACAGUACGGUACUUCGGAGCUGCUCACUCCGAAGUCAAAAGGACUCGAUUAGUUACCCUCUGUCGUCCUAGUGACCCAAAUGAUUUCGAUUCCGACACUAGCUGCGAUAGCGAUUGAAGGUACCAUCUGAUUCUUUUAAUAGGCAAAUUUAACAUAGUGUAUCUUGACUGUGAUAUCCACAUUUUCUUGUAUACCGCAUAAUGCAUGUGUAAAUAAUACUUAAUCUUAGUCUUGGUACGAGGUUGAUCGACGACCUCAUUCA